AUGCCUCCAUCAAUUCCGAGAAGAGCUUCCUCUCUAAUUUAUCUUGUUCCUGUCGAAUGGUUGAAAAGGAGAAAUUACAAUUUUUCAUCAUCCAAUUCAAGUUUUGAUUAUAAAUUAUUGUUAUUGGAGAGAAAUGAAUCAUCAAAGAGUUUUGCAAAGAGUAGUACUUUUCCUGGUGGUGCUUUGGAGACUACUGAUGGUCAAUUAGGAGAUGAGGAUAAAGUUUGUGCUAUCAGAGAAUCUUUUGAAGAAGCUGGAUUUUUGGUUUGCAAGGAAAAGGUUCCAGUUAAAGAGAUUAUGCAAAAUAAUUGGAGAAAUGUAGUUCACAAUGAAGCCAAUCAAUUCAAACAAAUGCUAUCUCAAUAUAAUUUGACAUUGGAUCUUGAUUCAUUAAUUCCAUAUCAGAGAUGGAUUACUCCAGAAUUGGCACCAUCUAGAUUUGAUACUAAAUUUUACAUUUCCAAUCCAAAGAGUGAACAAGAUUUUGAAUUUGACAUUUCACACGAUGGAAGUGAGAAUGUCAACUCUGUAUGGAUGUCACCAGAUGAAGCAAUUUCAAGUUUUGUACAAAAGAAAAUUCUCUUGGCACCUCCAACUUAUUGUAUAUUGAAUCAUUUAUGUAAAUAUCAAACAUGGAAUCAUAUCAUUGAGGAGUCCAGAAAUAAGAAUGUUGAUCUCAAUCAUCAACCAAUUCUUCCAAUAAUGAUUAAUAACAAGGAUGAAUCAGUUAGAGGAGUUUAUGGAGAAAGAAUUCCAAAGCAAAUAAUCAUUUUACCAGGAGAUUGUCUCCACAAGUCAUCAGACAAUAUCAGUGGCAUUCCUAAUUCAUAUCACAGAUUGGAAAUUUAUGGACCAAAUGAUUACUCUCUCAUUGACAAGAGACAAUCAAAACUUUAA